AAUUCCAAGAUGGCGCAUAUGAGUCUUGAAAAGUAUUUAGAUCAGGUGAAAAAAGGACUUGUUUCCAAAAGUGGCGACAUUUUAGCGGAACUAUUUUCCUUUCGUCAUCCACACAUAGCAAGUCCAAGACUGCAGUUACCAGAUGCACAGCUGCAAUGUGAAAGAUGGUUUGAACCACCAUAUGAUGAAAUGGUAGCAUAUCAUCUCAGAGCUAUUUGGGCUGUGGCCAAUGGUGAUUAUGUUGAAGCACGAUCUUCUCAAGCAGUUGUUGUCCAGUCUUUCACCCGUGCUUUUCAAAGUCAAAAAGAUGAAAACUGGGCAUUGCCAUUAAUGAAUGUUGUCACACUAGAUCUGAGACUUUUUGCCAUGCAGGCAGACAAGCAGCAAGUAAGAAAGGGACUGGGCAAACCUGGAGAAAUGUUGGAGAAGGCGGCAGAAGUAAUGAUGGGGUGUUUCAGGGUCUGUGCAAGUGAUAGUCGUUCAUCACUUGAGGUAUCAAAGAAGUGGGGCAUGCUUGCACUUGUAAAUCAUUUAUUCAAGAUCUAUUUCAAGAUCAAUAAACUUCACUUGUGCAAGCCUCUUAUCAGAGCAAUAGACAGUGCACCCAUAAAAGACCAGUUUAAACUGGCUCAUCUGGUUACAUACAGAUACUUUGUAGGAAGAAAAGCUAUGUUUGACAGUGAUUUUAAAGCUGCUGAUGAAUAUCUAUCAUUUGCAUUUGAACGCUGCUGUAUAUCCUCCAGUAAGAACAAAAGGGCAAUCCUAAUUUAUCUCAUACCAGUGAAAAUGCUUCUGGGCUACAUACCAAAAGAGGACUUGCUUUUUAAGUACAACCUAAACCAGUUUGUUGAUGUGGUUAAAUCUGUCAGGAUGGGAAAUCUUGCACUUUUAAACGAGACUCUAGAGAGAGAACAGGGAUUUUUCAUCCAGUGUGGUGUUUACCUUAUUCUGGAGAAGCUAAAGAUUAUAACAUAUAGGAACUUAUUCAAGAAAGUGGCUCUUCUGCUGAAAACUCACCAGUUAUCUUUGGAUGCGUUUGUUGUGGCUCUCAGAGCUAUGCAGGUUGAAGACAUAGACGUUACCGAGGUUGAAUGCAUCGUAGCAAACCUGAUAUACAUGGGUUAUAUCAAAGGCUACAUAUCUCACCAACACCAGAAAUUGGUGGUCAGCAAACAGAAUCCAUUCCCAGCCUUGACUAGCUUCCUGUAGUCAGUCAGAACGUGCGUUACACCAGCGUCAAGUAAACUUGAUAUUCAUCGUGCAUUCAUUCACCUGGACGUUGCUUCAUUGCUGACUCACUCGGCAAAGCAAGAGUUUGCUGGUACCUUUUUGUUGAAGUACAGCAAAGUGCGGAAAGUCUCGGUGUAUUCCGACUGACUGUCAUUCACUGAAACUUCAAGAACUAAAGAUGAAGAAGAUGUGCAUGUUUUAGGGGCCAUUACUGUUACCAGGGCCGCUUAAACAAAUUUGACCAAUCGCAUUGCGGGAAGCGAGUAAUGGUGGCAACUUCUGGACUGUUAUCAUUGUGUACAUAUGUACUUUUAACCAUUACCUUCGAAAUUUUUCCUAUGCCUACUAAAUCUCGACGUUAGUAAAUAUAUAUUUGCAGCAUACUUGUCUCAUUU